AACUAGAGCAGUUCGGCGAUGCGCUGAAGGCGCUUGUUUGGCUACCUUACCUGUUAUAUUCUACCACCGUGGCUUGUGGGUGUCUGCUGUUGCAGUUGUUGUUGCCCGUUUAUGUGAUCGCCGGAUGCCGGCAGACAGGACAGACUCCUAAUGCUCCUAGCUUGUAACCAGAACAACCAGAGUGCCACGUGCUUGAAACAGUCAAUGCGCGCGCUGUGUGUCGCGGUGGUGUUCCUUGGCGCUACUACUCUGAGCGCUCAAGCAGCAGCUGAUGAAAGCGUCGAGGAGGCCCUUUAUGGCGUCAAGUACGCGUCCAGGUGCGAAGCGUGUAAGUACCUCGCCGUGGAGCUGGAAGCACGCCUCGGAGAGACCGGCAAAACGCACGACGUCAUCGAGACCGGAUACUCGCUGGACGGAAAGCGUAAGCGCAAGAAGUACGCCGUUUCAGAACUGCGCUUGGUAGAGUCCCUAGACGGCGUGUGCGACCGGCUGCUCGAGUACAACAUCCACAAGGAACGUAAGGACAGCACGCGCUUCGCCAAGGGGACGAGCACCACGUUCAGGACGCUACACGGCCUGGUGGCGAAGGGAGUCAAGGUUGAUUUGGGGAUCCCCUACGAGCUUUGGGAUAGCCCGUCGGCCGAGGUGACGCAGCUCAAGAGCCAGUGCGAGGCCUUGCUCGAACAGUACGAAGCCGACAUCGAGCGGUGGUACUUCGGCAGCCAGGAGGAACCCCUCGCCACUUAUCUCUGCCGCCAUCGGGUGCUGCGCAAAGGGGACGCCGACUGCUUGGACGACUCCGGGCGAGCGAAGACCGAGCUGUGACCAGUAUCUACUUACCACGAAUGACGGAAAAGCUUAUCAAAAAACGCCAGAAAGGGGAAGAUGGGAGCUUGCGAUGAGAAAAUGUGCAAGCAGGGGCUCGAGCCGACGUUUUGACUUCACUUUUUUAAGGCUAUAACUUGAACAAAGCUCGGGCGGAUUUUUUCGUAGAAAGCUUACCGGUUAGUUGGCAAAAAUGCAUCACAGGUGUUGCAUCUAUCAACUAAAGAAAGUGCACUAAGGUGGAAAAGAAAGGAGUCGUUCAACAUAUCAAUUGUGCAGUUACCUCAUAAUGGCUAAUUGUUUGCAGUUAUCUUUUACGUAGAGCAUCACAUGUGCCGUAUUGAGAGUUGACGCCACCAUAAGUGCACAUGCACUGUUGUGUGUCUACUUCUGUGCCGCUCAUUUGACUGAGAGUCGGCGUUUGUGUUGUCUCUUCUCUUGUGUGUGUGUGUGAUUAAGCAUGCCAUCUUGUGCACUGAGGGCUCCACUCUGCGAGAAAAAUUUUCCUGUGCUGCUCCAAGAGAAAUGCCACUCAAAAUUGUGGUUUUGCUUUGUAACUGCUCCGAACCUGCUCCAUAAUGGCAUUGAAAAAAUGAAGCUGAGCAACUUUAACGGUGUGACCAACUUACAAGCCCUGAAAAGAAUGUGUAUGUGAUGAUCCUAGCAUGUUAAUUUGCAUGUUAACAUGCAACUAUGUUGGCUUUUACUUAUGCAACAAAAGCUGACAAAUCAAGCUUUCAGAUCAUUUAGCUAUUUUCAAUUUUACAUGCAGGCUAUUUCAGUGACAUGUAAAAAUGACCGAGAUUGUAUAGUAAAUAUAGAGCUCAUACCAAGGGCAUUCGAUGACCAAUCUAAUUGUUCGAUUCUUCCAAUUUACAUUGUUUGCACGCUGUGAAACAUCUUUGAUAAUAAAUAUUAAUAUUUAUGCGACACUUCAGUGAUGCUUUAAAUUCUAGGAGUUGUAUGGCAUAUAAAACACCAAUAGCUAAUCAAGACUAGCAUUUUUGCUGCUAUAAAAACACUCAUGGCUGCUUCAAAGUGGUGCUUUUUCUGCUCCAUAGUGUAAAAAGUUGCUUGCAUCACUGCAGUGCACACUAGGGAGUUUUUGAGUAGCGGACCCUGUUAUUUUGGAACCCCCAAAAAACUUUGUUGAGGCCAAUGCAAAUGUGCGAGACCCAAACAAUGUUGGGGUUUUACGUUGGGCGCGUUAAUUCUAGAUUUUAGCGAGAGCCUGGAUGCCUGCCCCAAAAGCUUUGCGUCAAACAAACAUGAAUAGGAGGAGUGUCCAAAGUGCCACAAACCCUAUUAGAGAACUCUUGGCUCCUACUUUACUCAAAGUGAGUGCACGCUAAGGGCUUUGGGGUCCCAAUUCAAAAACUUUGUUAGUGCCUCGAUUUAUUAUAGUUCACACCCUGCUAAGGAACAAAACAUCACUCCUAAAAGUGCAUGAUUGCACUUACAUUACAGCUGCCAUAUUGGAGGACCAGCAUUAACGAAAAGUUACAUUUUUUAUGGUCAAGCGUGCUGCAAGUUCUUGCGCAUAUGUCAUCAGCGUCUCGGUCACAUUGAAACAAGUUGUUUGUGAAGCUGAGCAUGAUAUGUUGAAAUCAGCUCACAGCAACCAUGUUGGAGCAGCAGGACGUAGGAUGUCAUGUACAAAGCGUGUAAAUCUCGCCAUUGGUUAUACUAGCUUGCCUCAAAGGAGUGCUGAUACGAAAUUUUUAAAUUUUCAUGUUGUCACGAAAAUUUAGUAUUGUGGUGGCUGGGAAACCAUUGAAUAAACUUUCGUUAUCGGUACCCCCAAAAACUACACUUUCGGUUUUACAAUUGAGGGUGCGGCUUCUCAGUGGCGUUUCCUAGCAGUGUGACGUCUCUGAGAAAUGGCAACUGGCGACGUGCCAGCAGCAGCUCUGUCAUCUGCUCAUGGGGAACUUAAACGAUGAUGAGUAAGUUGUCCAGUGAGCCUGACAAUGAUGCUUCAUGCAGCACACGGACUUUAAAAACUGUGUUGACUUGUCGGGAUAAUGUGCAUUGCUGUGGUGCCGGCUUGCAGAUGCUCGGCAAAAAUAACUAUAAUCAAAGUAAAAUACGUCAUACUGACUACAGUAUGUAGAGUGCGCUGGCACUGCAUACAAAGCAAAUAAAAAAUGUUUCAGAAUCUUGUCA